UCCUCGGAUAAAGUUUGUUUCUGUGGAGACACAAGAAGAAGAUAGAGACUUUAUUAUUUGUUUCUAACUGACCGUAAGAUUACAGAUAUUUCGCCCUGGAGCUGUUGGACAGGAUGGCCUCAGGCGCUGGUGAGUGCGCAGGGAAGGCCAGCAACUACCGGGUGGACCACCUCCUCAGUGCGGUGGAGAGUGAGCUGCAGGCCGGCAGCGAGAAGGGCGACCCCACGGAGAGGGAGCUGAAGGUGACCCUGGAUGAGAACGAGCUUUGGCAGAAAUUUAAGGAGCUUACAAAUGAAAUGAUCGUGACAAAGAACGGCAGGCGCAUGUUUCCUGUGCUGAAAGUCAACGUGUCUGGGUUGGACCCGAACGCCAUGUAUUCUUUUUUGCUGGACUUUGUGUCUGCGGACAACCACAGAUGGAAAUAUGUGAACGGGGAGUGGGUCCCCGGAGGGAAGCCGGAACCUCAGACUCCCAGCUGCGUGUACAUCCAUCCAGACUCUCCAAACUUCGGAGCGCACUGGAUGAAAGCUCCGGUCUCAUUUAGUAAAGUCAAACUCACCAAUAAACUCAAUGGAGGAGGUCAGAUUAUGUUAAAUUCCUUACACAAGUACGAGCCACGCAUCCACAUCGUGCGCGUCGGAGGCCCGAGGAGGAUGAUCACCAGCCACUCUUUCCCAGAGACACAGUUCAUUGCAGUAACAGCAUACCAAAACGAAGAGGUAACUGCCCUUAAAAUAAAGUACAAUCCUUUUGCCAAGGCCUUCUUGGAUUCAAAAGAGAGAAGUGAUACCAGAGAUAUCAGAGAAGACACCAAUGAAAACCAACAAACAACUUACUCUCAAUUAGGUGGCUGGUUUAUUCCUGGCACAGGCUCCUUCUGCCCCCCUGCCAGUCCCCAUGGCCAGUUUGGGGGUCCCAUCUCCCUUUCGCCCUCCCACGGCUGUGAACGCUACUCCACCCUGAGGAACCAUCGCUCUGCCCCGUACACCAGCCCGUAUGCCCAUCGGACCAACUCGCCCAACACAUUUGAAACAACCAGAGACGUACGCCUCCGUAACCCCAAUGCUUCUGUUGCAGCUGGUUACUCCGAUAACUCAUCAGCUUGUCUCUCCAUGCUCUCGAGCCAUGAUAACUGGUCCAGUCUGCAGAUGCCAACACACUCCAGCAUGAUGCCCAUGGCCCACAAUUCCACCUCUGGUACCAACUCUAGUCAGUACACCAGCUUGUGGUCAGUGAGCAACUCACCCCUGACUCCCGUGUCCCAGAAUGGAGGCUUAAACAACGGCCUGAGCUCCCAGUUCCUGCGAGGGUCCAGCAACCACUACCCCGGCCUGGCUCACUCAGUCACAGUGCCAUCCUCUGGCUCUCCCAUGUAUGACAGCGGCACAGCCACGGAUGUGCACGACACAGCUCAGUACGACACCUCUCCACAUGCACGAAUACCUUCAUCCUGGACCCCUGUCACACCUCCGACCCUUUGAUUUUCCAUCAGAUGAAUAUGUUCAGCACAGCAGCGAAAAGUAUAUUUUAAUAUUUGUGACCAAAAACCAUUUUAACCUGCUUAUAUUAAGCAUAAAUCCACAAUAUUCACAGAAUUAAGCAACAAAACACAUACAGCUGAAAAUGUAAACAUUGUUUAUAGUGUAAAUAGAAUGAAGCUUUUUGUGCUUCCAUGACCCUGUUUGAGAUCUUAUGUUCCAGUUUAUUUAAAAAAUGAAAUCAGAAAAGCAAAUGUAAAUACUCUGCUACACAGAUGAUUCUCUAUUUUCCAUGUCAUUAAAAACAACAUGUCAAGGU